AUGACGGAUGCUGCUUACAUGGGAAGCUGUGAAGAACCUAACAUGUUCGAACCAAAGGUUCCCUCCAAUCCCAAGAUUUGGGUGAAAUGGUCAACUAGGUCUACCCCAGUUAGCAACAGUCGAGAAAGACAUCUCGUAAGAGCAUGGUCGGCAACUUCAGACCCCAACAGACCUUGCUCCACUCACAGCACGCCAUGGUCCCAGGCACUCCUGGGACACCUCCUCUAUGUGGCGAGUCGCGUGGGCAAAGACGAGUGCCCCGAAGGUUAUCGCAUCGUCAUCAACGACGGCAAGCAUGGAGCACAGUCGGUCUACCACCUCCAUGUCCACGUGAUGGGCGGCCGACAAAUGGGUUGGCCUCCAGGAUAG